CGCGCCCGGAGGGCUUGGGCUCCCGGCUGCGGCGGCUCCGCGCCCGCCCCGGGCAGAACAGGUUCCUUCCAGUUCGGGUGUGAGCUGCGCGCGCGGCGCCGCGGACCCCGAGUUCCUCCUCUCGUGCCCGCUUUCCCCGAUUUCGUCAACUCGCGCACUCCAGCGGUUCCCCUUCGCGGGGGGUGUGUGUGCGGGCCCCAGGAAGCUCGCGGCCGGCUGCCAGGGGCGCUUUGCUUUACCCCCUUUGCUGCAGAAGCGACAGCAUCGCGUUGCGCGCGAGGGAUGUGGGCGAGCAGCCGGGCUGAGUCAGCAUCCCCGGCCCGGGGCGCGCGCGCAUCCUCCCCGCCAAGCGGGAGGCGACGUCCACACAGGUGCCAGGCCGCAGAACUCGCGGGGAGCUCCGGUGGGCGAGGGACCCGGACGUCGAGGGGGUGCGUGCCCCUCAUCCCGGAGUGUCCCGGACCCCAGGGUCACAGGGGGCUCAGCAGAUGAUGCUCGGGAACCUCAGAAACCUUACAGACACAUGAAGCCUUCAACCAUCUGGAACUCAGAAACUCGGCUGGGACUGACUGUGGCUUCUAGACCGUCCAGGUGUUCUGCAGAUGUGAAAAUUUAUCCCGCACUCGCCAGCUGGAGCCCCGAAUAGAUGCAAGGCUUGUGCUCCGGCUCUCACAUCUCUGAGCACAGAGGGGUCAUUUCCUAAGUGGCCAAAGAGCAGUUGUUGACACUGAGGUCUGAUUGCUGCACACGACCCGUCACCUUACGGGGCUACGCUGGAGAAAGUCAAGUUCAGGGUUGUGAGUUUCCCGACUCUCGUGAAUUAGGAUUCCAGACGCGGGCCUCACUUCCGUAGCACCCACCAUCCCUGUAGGCAUCACCACCACCACCAUCACCACCAGCAUCUUCUUGGAAACUCCACCACCGCGUCACUGCACACACAGUUGGAAACCUCCCCUGAUCGCCAUGGCCUGGCCUUUCCUAAAGGUUUUGUUGGUGGGGGUGAGUUUCCUGGGAUGUCUUUAUCCUCUCGUGGAUUUUAGCUUCAGUGGGGAAACAAGAGAACAGAAACCGAAUUUCGUGAUCAUUUUGGCAGAUGACAUGGGGUGGGGUGACCUGGGAGCAAACUGGGCAGAAACGAAGGACACUGCCAACCUUGAUAAGAUGGCUGCAGAAGGAAUGAGGUUUGUGGAUUUCCACGCGGCCGCGUCCACCUGCUCGCCCUCCCGGGCCGCCCUGCUCACCGGCCGGCUUGGCCUCCGCAAUGGAGUCCCUCACAACUUUGCGGUCACCUCUGUGGGGGGCCUUCCACUCAACGAGACCACCUUGGCCGAAGUGCUGCAGCGGGCUGGCUACGUCACCGGCUUGAUUGGCAAGUGGCAUCUUGGACACCAUGGCUCUUAUCACCCCAACUUCCGUGGGUUUGAUUACUACUUUGGAAUCCCGUACAGCCAUGACAUGGGCUGCACUGAUACCCCCGGCUACAACCACCCCCCUUGCCCGGCAUGUCCACGGGGACCGUCAAGGAACCUUGAGAAGGACUGUUACUCUGAUGUGGCCCUUCCUCUCUAUGAAAACCUCAACAUCGUGGAGCAGCCCGUGAACUUGAGCGGCCUCACACAGAAGUAUGCGGAGAAGGCUACCCAGUUCAUCCAGCGGGCGAGUGCCGGCGGAAGACCCUUCCUGCUCUACGUGGGCCUGGCCCACAUGCAUGUGCCCCUGUCCAGGAACCUGCUGUCAGCAGAACCCGGGGGUCGAAGGCCGUACAGCGCGGCUCUCCGGGAGAUGGACAGCCUCGUGGGCCAGAUCAAGGACAAAGUUGACCUCACAGCUAAAAACAACACAUUCCUUUGGUUUACAGGAGACAAUGGCCCGUGGGCUCAGAAGUGUGAGCUGGCAGGGAGCAUGGGGCCCUUCACUGGAUCGUGGCAAACUCGUCAAGGGGGAAGUCCAGCCAAGCAGACCACCUGGGAAGGAGGACACCGUGUCCCGGCUCUGGCUUACUGGCCCGGCAGGGUCCCCGUCAACGUCACCAGCACUGCUUUGCUAAGCGUGCUGGACAUCUUCCCCACCGUGGUGGCCCUGGCUGGGGCCAGCCUGCCCCAAGGCCGACACUUUGACGGUCUGGAUGCCUCGGAGGUGCUGUUUGGCAGGGCGCAGGCUGGGCACAGGGUGCUGUUUCACCCCAACAGUGGGGCGGCCGGAGAGGACGGAGCCCUUCAGACCGUCCGCCUGGAGCAGUACAAGGCCUUCUUCGUCACCGGUGGGGCCAGAGCCUGCGAUGGCAGCGUCGGCCCCGAGCGGCACCACGACCCUCCCCUCAUCUUUAACCUGGAUGAUGACAUCGCAGAAGCAGUGCCUCUGGAACGGGGUAGCGCCGAGUACCAGAGGGUCCUGCCCAAGGUCAGAGCGGCUCUCUCGGGGGUCCUCGAAGACAUUGCUGGCGACAACAUCUCCCGAGCGGAUUACAGUCAGGACCCUUCCGUGACCCCCUGCUGUAAUCCCCGCCACACCGCCUGCCGCUGCCAGGCCGCGUGAUGGAAACACAGGGAAGCGAGACGGGCGGGUUCACAUCCCGACUGCGGAUUUGCCCACUUUGCAGUGAUGUGUGCUUUAAAAAUAAGGCUCAGAAGUUUGUUUUGAAGCCCCCACUCUGUGUCCCCCGCUGUCCCUUCCGCGUGCCGGCUUGAGGGCAUGCCGAGCCCGAGCUGUAAGAAAAGGCACCUGGGCUUUGGAGUCAGGAGUCAGACCAGGUCCAAGCCCCAGCUUUUGAACUUGGGCACAUUAUUUAACCUAACUCGCGAGCUGAUCUUGAGGAUGAAACAGGUGAUACGUGAAAGUGCCUGCCUGGCAAGGGACGUGACACCAAGCAGGCACUCAAUGUUUUAGUUGCCUUUUUUUUUUAUGCACCCAGUUUUGCCGGUCAUUUGAACAGAGGCUCAUCCCAGCUGGCAUCUAGAGCAGCACUUCCCUGUCUUUCACAGGCGCACAAAUCACCUGGGAGCUUGUGACCAUGCAGACUCUGACCAGGUGGGCUGGGGGGCCUGAGGCGCUCCGUGUCUAGGAAGCUCCCCAGGGGGAUGCUGUGAGCAGCACGGGGGAUGCGGACCUGACAAGGUGAGAGCUGCUUCCAGGUCACGAGCAGCAGGGCCCGCAGAAGUCCGCGGCCCUGCCCACCUACCACCAUCCCGUGCGACAGGUCAAACGGCUGUAUUUUAAAGAUUUUAGGGAUGCUUCCUGCUUUCAGAAACCACAAAGAAGUAAAGUCUUAAAGCCUCAAAAGUGCAUUGCCAUGGUUUUAUUAUCAGUGUCCUAAAUGGGACUGAAAGGUCAUAAAUGAUUUAUUCCAAUCACUGCAAAAACCUUUUGCCUGGCUAAAACAGCCUCUCUCUAUGUCAUAUACAAGAAAUACAGUUCAGAGAGAUUCUCCUGUAAGUACAUUUUUACGCAGCAUACGCUUUCGAAAGGAUGCUCUUUGUAAUAUAAAAUUAGGGUUAUAGACCAAGAUGGUUUGUCCAUGUGGACGCUCUGGCUGGGACGCACUUUCAACAACGGCAGGAUGUGGAUUUGCAGAGCUCCCGCACCCACCGGCCACCGGGGCUGAGACGAGCCUGCUGGGCAGCAAACCGCAUCCCGGGUUCCUGACCCCCCAUUCUGCUCACACAACCGCAUGCCUUGCAUCCACCUUCCUGGUCGUCUCCAAAACCGCCUGACAGGGGCGGUCCUGCUGUUCACCAUGACUGCUUCGUUUUGCCCUUCUGAUCGCCGCGGCACAAGAUUAUCUACCGAAAUCAAAACAGAACGGCCUUACUCCUUCCGGGAGGGGGCUGACGGGCAGGCUGCACCGUCAGCAGACCUGUGCCCACGCGGGGUCGGUGGGGGCAGGCUGGGCCCAGCAGAGCUUUCCCGCCUGUCUGUCCACAGGCCGACCCUCGCGUGUGGUCACGGAAGAGUCACCCGUCUUCUUUUGGUGUAGACGAGGUGGCAGUUUCAGAAAAUACUUUUUGUAAAAAUAUAUGUGUGUAUUGAUAUGUAUAUGGGUUGCUUUUUUUGUUUUUUUUUUAAGGCUCAUCUUACUUGUAAACACAGACUGCUAAAUCACCAUGAAA